ACGUCAAGGAAUCUUUGGUCAGGGGACCAGACUACAAACCAGUAAGUGAUAAGUGGUAGCCAUUUUUGCAGUUAGCCUCAUCAGAUAUGGACUGUGAUGACUGGAAAGACUCCAAUCGGGAGUUAAAUUUCAAUAUUCUUGAAAGGAAGCACUGCAGGAUAUGAUGAGCCAUGACUCAAGUUAAGGCCACCGUACGAUGGUCCCCAUUGUAUACUCGGUGCAUAAACGAUUCCCCUCGUCCAGCUUCCCAUAUCCCCUGCGAUUACUAAUAGAGCGAGUAGUGCUAUAUGCACCCCAGGGAGCGGCCAUUUUGGAAAGCAAAGACAACCAGCUGCACAUGGAUCAAAAUCUGUGUAGAAAACAUUGACGUUAGAGGCAUCAACUCAUCAUAUACAACUAGUCGAGCGGGUAGUAACAUGGAUAAAUCAGAGUCCUCCUGCGACAACCAAUGUCCAAUCUGCUUAUCAGACAUAGCAGAUAGUGUGGUCCUCGACAAAUGUAAACAUCGUUUCUGUAACGUCUGCAUCACCGAAGUGUUGAAGAGAAGUUACAGGUGUCCAGUGUGCCAGACAGUGUGUCGCCAGCCGAAAGGGAACCAGCCAGAGGGAACCAUGACAAUGCAACAUGAGACAUUUUAUCACCUCCCUGGUUACGGCAAUGACGGGGUCAUCACCAUCCGUUAUAUUAUGCCGAGUGGAAUUCAAUCGGAAGAUCAUCCCAACCCAGGCAAGCCUUUCACUGGUGUCACGCGUACUGCGUACCUACCAGACAACCAAGAUGGACUUCAAGUUCUUUCUCUUCUGAAGAAAGCAUUCGAUGCACGUCUUGUGUUCACCGUUGGACGGUCCAUCACCAGCGGAUUCGAUAACAUUGUUACAUGGAAUGAUAUUCACCAUAAAACCAGUCAGACUGGAGGACCAACACGAUACGGGUAUCCCGAUCCGGAUUACUUGAGAAGAGUGACAGAAGACCUAGCAGCAAAGGGUAUUUUUCAUUGACUCAACCAACAGUAUUGUCCCAAUUUCAUGAAGCUGUAAAAGAAGAUAACAGGGAUAAGCUUGUUUUUCUGCUAUGCACAAAUUACCAGGGAAUCAAACCAUAGGUCUAAACAAUACAUCUUUGGCUAUUUCUUGUAAGCAAUUCAUACUACAGCUUCAGGAAUCAUGGGCUUGCCACGCAGAAUUUAAACCAGCAUUUCACCGUGACUGAUGCCCGGUUUGGAUUUCUACUACCGCUUUACGGCUGUAAAGUUUGUAUUUCUGAAGAAGACAAAGACCCAGCAAAAUAAUGAUUUCUGGAACACGUCUCAUAAUUAUAAAUGGUGUACAAUACAUAUACAAACCGACCAAGCAUAUCAUCAUUCAUGACCUGAGUCCUCUAUUAUUUGAAGUUUUCUGAUAAAUGUUACAUUGACUUUCUUUUUUGUGCGCCUUGGGUGUCUCUAUUGAGACAGAUAUGUGCGCGUUAUAAAUUUAUAACUACUGUAAUUAUUAAAUACCAUGGCUGCAUGAUGUGAGAUGCAGUCCAUAUAGAGGAAGAGUCACACCAUGGUAAAACAAAACAAGUAGGCAUAUUCACUGUAAAAAAAAUCUGUAAAAUUGUCGGUGCUUUACUUGGCAGCUAGGGUGAAAGGUAUAAGUGCAGUACAUUUCACAGUGGAAGUUUUGUAAAUGGUGCCUUGAAGGGGUAGGCUAGUUUGCAAAACUUCCACCAUGAAAUUUACUGCACUUUUUUACUUGGCACUCUAGCUGCCAGGAAAAUCACCGUAAAUUUUAUGGAUUUUAUUUUACAGGGUUUGUUGUAGUUUCUAUGUGGAAGCCUUCUUGCUUGGGCUUGCAAAUUGCAGUAAAGAUAUUGUAGUGGUAGGCGUCCUGCGAAAAUAUUUCGUCUGAGAUGUUCGUUUCUCUUGAGAAGUCAAUAAAAGUACACAGAAAGAUGUUUUGUUAUAAUACAAUGCGACCUUUGGAGAUGAACAUUUCUUUGGUGUCCGUUUGUGAAUGCUUCAGCCAGAAAUGCGGUCGUCCCGCUGUCAUCUUGCUUGUUAUGCCGGAUGGAUUUGGAUUAAAAGUUCUUGAUGAAAUACCAGCAGACUAUCAGCUGCAAGUUUGAAAAGGUGACUUUUAUUGUAACUUUGCUUUAUUUGAUUGUAUCGGGGGCUCGUGAAAGACACAUCCUUUGAUA